UAUUCCAUUGUUAAUCGAUCCCACAGAACAAGCCGCACAUAGAGCCACCGAGGGAAGCUCGGAGUGACUGACUGAUGAGAGUUUGCAUAUCUGCUGCCUGUCCAUUCUUCAGUAGAGCUCAAAACGAAAGAAAUGGCAAGAAAUGACCAGUUUGCUCACUUGGUCGCGCCAAAAAAUGGCAUCUGAGACAGGAUAACCAUUCCAAUCGCACAAUACGGCCACACACUCACCGUCACGCAUGACGAAUCGAAGUUCUAUAUCUGAACAAGCACAUGAUCCGUCGCACCAGAUCCACCAGACCAAUCAUCAAAAAAUCCCCACCAUACACACCCGCGAGGCUGCUCAAUCAUCGCACCACUCGAUCGGCAGGCACGGCAGCAAUGGCGGCGGCGACCGGAGGCGGCGGUGGUAGCAGGGAGGAGGGGCUGACGCUGCUGGGGUUCUGGACGAGCCCGUUCGCGCUGCGUGCGCGGUUCGCGCUGAACCUCAAGGGCGUCCCCUACGAGUACGUGGAGGAGGACCUGUUCGGCGAGCGGGGCAAGAGCCCGCUCCUCCUCGCCUCCAACCCGGCCCACGGCGGGAAGGUGCCCGUGCUCAUCCACGGCGGCCGCCCCGUCGCCGAGUCGCUGGUCAUCCUGGAGUACAUCGACGAGGCGUUCCCGGAGCGCCUCCCGCGCCUCCUGCCCCCGCCCGACGACCCGCGCGGCCGCGCCGCCGCCCGCUUCUGGGCGGCCUGCGUCGACCAGAAGCUGCUCCCCACGUGGACGCCGCUCUACGCCGGGAGCACGGCCGAGGAGCGGGCGGGCGCGGCGAGGGAGGUCGUCGCCGUGCUGGAGGCGUUCGAGGGGGAGCUCGGGGACAGGGACUUCUUCGGCGGGGACGGCGUGGGGCUGGUGGACGUGGCGCUCGGCGGGUUCCUCGGGUGGCUGCGCGCGUCGGAGGCCAUGUGCGGCGUGCGGACCGUCGACCCGGCCAGGACGCCGCGGCUGGCGGCGUGGGCGGAGCGGUUCGGCGCGCUGGACGGUGUGAGGGAGGUCGUGCCGGACGCGGCGCCGCUGGUGGAGUACAACCUCAUGAAGCGGGCUCGCCUAGGCCUGCCGUAUCUGCCGCCGCAUCAGACGCAGCAGCAGUAGUAGUUAAUUCCAACGCGAGUGGCUCGAUCCAUCGCGCGCAGAGGAGGAAUUGAAUUGAAUUUGAAAUUCUGAAUCCGAUCCCUUAAGCCGGUGGAUUAUUUAGUUCUUCUACUUGCAGUAGUAUAAUAAGUCUGUAUUCUUGUUUGGAAUUCUGGAAUUCUCCGCUGGAUCGAACCAGGUUUUUGAGAAACUCUAGCCAGAGAACUGCCUUCCAAUAAAAAGAACAGAGUCGUAUCAUCUUCA